GUUGUGCGACUCGAGUCAUGCCUACAGCUCCCUCAGUUGUGUUUAUCCAUGAAGUUGUAGAAAGAACGAAGCUGUAUUUGAUUUGGAUAUCGAAAGGAAGUGUGAGUCGCAUUUAAAGAGUUAUAAUUACUUAUUAAACCAACGCGAGAGGGAUAUUUAUCUUCUAGUAACUAUUGGCGUUGGGAAACAGCAAGGUUAUUAGCAGGCUAGUCUCAUUUCCAGGUUAUUCAUUCAUGUAACAGCAUGUGAUUUGUUUUUUAGUUCGUUGGUUUAGGAAAUACAUAUUUCUACAGUUUGUAUAUGGUAUGUAAAUGAGGAUUGUAGCUGAUUUAUAAGCAAAGAGUAGGCUAACAUGGGCUCCACCUGGAUAUUAAAAGUCAGAAUAUGUCUGAAACCCUUCAAGCCGCUCUUCUACCAGGGAAGUUCGGCUUUCUACACACUAAAUACUUCUAAGUCAUCACAACUGCCUUUCUCAGCCCGCUUUCUAUGCACCAGAGACAGUAACCCAAACCCAGGAGGCAGACAGACAGACAGAGGGAACAGUGGACACACUGAUGGACAGGGGGGAGCAAACAAUAGCACCAACAGACGUAAGGAAGAGGAAUUGUGGGAUGGUGCUGUGAAGGGAAGAGGUAAGAGCUCCCCUCUUUGGCAGAGGCCUUCUUCCCCCAAAUCUGUGUUUGCUGCUGGGACGGCAAAGAGGAUGGCAGAGAUGCUGAAGAGGAAAACAUCUCAGGUCUCGCAGGAUGAGGAGCAGGAUGGUGGGAAGCCUGAAGGGAGGACACGUAGAGGAGCAGCGAAGGUGCAGCCUCCCGACCGGCCGCUCUCUGCUGCUGAGUGGAGGACGCUGAAGGAGUCUCUGGGAAAUCCUCAACGCUUUGACAUCCAGAUGAUGUGUGCGCUGUUCACCUCCGAGACACAGCUGGAUAUCGCCAAGUCCCUGCUGACGUUUGUAGCCAUGGAAACAGGGACGCUGUCUUAUGAGCUGCUGCUACGGUACCUGACGCUGUGUGUGAGCGGCGGCCACGACGCCGAGGUGUUUGAUGUCUACGACAUCAUGCGGGGAAGUUUCCCUUCUCUGGACACGGGAGCCUCCAGCCUCUUCAUCAAGUCCUUCAGCCGGACGGAGAGGUGGAGGGAGGCUGUCGGCAUCCUGCGUGAGGUGAAGAAGGUCUUUACCCCGUCAGCACGCAACUACGGCGAUAUCAUCGCAGCGGCGAUGUUAAACGGUGACAAGACCACUGCCUGGGCUCUUUAUGGUGAGUUGAUUGAGAAUGGACUGAGCCCGCACCAGGAGACCUGGGAUGCUAUGUUUAAGGGAGUGAGGAAGACUGAGGAGGAAAGGGGGGAGGAGGCUGAAGCCAUGUCUCAGUCCGAGCACCAGGAGAGGCUGCUGGGGAUUCUGCUCUACAUGAGGAACAACCAGAUCUACCCCCAACACAGCCUCACCGGCAGCAUCAAGACCUGGUUUGAGAGUCUCACGGGACAGAGAUGGACAGGAAGUUGGACCGGCGCCACCCCAAAGGGUGUGUGUCGGUGUUGUGGGUCGGAGUUAGAGUCCAUCCAGCUGACUGCUGAGGAGUACCAACAGCUGAAAGACAGAGUGAUGACUGACAUCAUUCAGGGACGAGAUGUUUUUAACAAAACUACACCGGAGGAGUUGGAGAGGUUCAAGGCGUUUGUGGAGAGGAAGCCAGCGUUUGAUGUGGUUGUAGAUGGGCUGAAUGUGGCAAAUAUCAACAAGGACAAAAGCAGGCAGUCGGAGUCGUUGUUGGCGGUGGUGUCAGAGCUGGAGGGUCAGGGCCUGACUGUUCUGGUGUUGGGGAGGAAACACAUGCUGCGGCCCUCCAGGUCCUGGGAGAGAAACAACAUGAAGCUUAUCCAGCAGAAGGCUCACUGCUUCUUCACUGAAAACAUCUCGGAGGACGACCCGUUCUUGCUGUACGCCACGCUGCAUUCCGGGAACCACUGUCGGUUCGUGAGCAGGGACCUGAUGAGGGACCACAAGGCCUGCCUGCCAGACGGAGCCACCCGACGGCUCUUCUUCAAAUGGCAGAGAGGCCACCAGCUGGUAGUGGACGGAUACGUCGCAGCAGGCAGGAGAGUCCGAUUUCAGAGUAUUACCAGCUAUGACACCAUUGUCCAGACAUCAGCGGACUCGUGGCACCUUCCCUACGACGACACAGAGGACAGGAGCACCUAUGAAGUACCACAACGGUGGCUCUGCCUCACCACAAAGCACUGAACACACACACACAACUCAUAUGUUCUGAUUAUAACUGUGGACUUGUAAAUAAAUCAUUUACAACAAAGAACUAAGUGGCCGGCACUCUUCAAUUUAACUUUUGAGACUUGGAAAAAUUACAUUUGAUU